GCCGCGCCGAGACCUUUGCUCUGCGAGGUGUCUCCGGAGGGGCGGGAACGCUGACUCUGGAGGCUGCUGGGAUUGGGGUGGGGGUGUCUGGGAAGCAGUCCUUGAGCGCCAAGCGCCACCGGGGUCCCUCCGGCGGCGGCAGCGGCGGCGGCGACGCGCAGCACCAGCUCUCCAGCUGGCCGCCAAGGCCUCUGGACAGGGGACUGCACCAGCUUACUCUGCCAGCAAGGGGGCCCCAGAGACUGCGCAAUCCGGAAGUUUGGUGGCUUCGGUGGGUCCGUUUGCCAGCACUGGCCCUGGCUCUGAGUAAAGAGGUCCUGGAUAUGGGGAAUUUGUGGAGGCGCGUCCCAAGGAUCUCAGCAAGGACUCGCGGGGUCAAGCCAGGGAUACUGGUGAUGGAAGCCGCAGGCAGGAACCCAAUUCUGCUCCGGUCUCAGGAUAACUCCUGGGGGCUUCUGAAAGAGGACAGUGCUGGGGGAUGUCCAUGUCUCCAGGAAGAGAUGUCCCUGUGGCUGCAAGCCCCUGAGCCUGAGGUUUCUCCUGAUUCUGCUGUGGAGCUGUGGGAGCCACAUGCCCAGGAUGUGUGCAGCCAGGCCAAGAAACGCAGCAGCUGCCCCCUCAAGGAGGAAGCUGGGACACCCCAAUCUGCGGGCAGCACCUUGAGGGUGGGGCUGGAGGCAGCGGAGCCUGCAGACCUGCUCCCCAGCAUGGAGGGCCCUGCAGAGCCCACAGAGCUCCGUCCACAGAAGCGGAAAAAAGGGCCGGCGCCCAAAAUGCUGGGGAACGAGCUGUGCAGCGUGUGCGGGGACAAGGCCUCAGGCUUCCACUACAACGUGCUGAGCUGCGAGGGCUGCAAGGGCUUUUUUCGCCGCAGCGUCAUCAAGGGAGCGCGCUACGUGUGCCACAGCGGUGGCCACUGCCCCAUGGACACCUACAUGCGGCGCAAGUGCCAGGAGUGCCGGCUGCGCAAGUGCCGCCAAGCCGGCAUGCGGGAGGAGUGUGUCCUGUCAGAAGAGCAGAUCCGCCUGAAGAAACUAAAGCGGCAGGAGGAAGAACAGGCCCAGGCCGCAGCCAUGCCCCCAAGGGCCUCCUCACCACCCCAGGUCCUGCCCCAGCUCAGUCCAGAGCAGCUGGGCAUGAUUGAGAAACUGGUCGCAGCCCAGCAACAGUGUAACCGGCGUUCCUUUUCUGAUCAGCUUCGAGUCACGCCCUGGCCCAUGGCCCCGGACCCCCACAGCCGGGAGGCCCGCCAGCAACGCUUUGCCCACUUCACCGAGCUGGCCAUCAUGUCCGUGCAGGAGAUCGUGGAUUUUGCCAAACAGCUGCCUGGCUUCCUACAACUCAGCAGGGAGGACCAGAUUGCCCUGCUAAAGACCUCUGCAAUCGAGGUGAUGCUGCUAGAGACGUCUCGCAGGUACAACCCUGGGACUGAGAGCAUCACCUUCCUCAAGGAUUUCAGCUACAACCGGGAGGAUUUUGCCAAAGCAGGGCUGCAGGUGGAGUUCAUCAACCCCAUCUUUGAGUUCUCCAGAGCCAUGAACGAGCUGCAGCUCAAUGAUGCUGAGUUUGCUCUGCUCAUCGCCAUCAGCAUCUUCUCUGCAGACCGGCCCAACGUGCAGGACCAGCUCCAGGUAGAAAGGCUGCAACACACAUAUGUGGAGGCCCUGCAUGCCUACGUCUCCAUCCACCACCCCCAUGACCGGCUAAUGUUUCCACGGAUGCUUAUGAAAUUGGUGAGCCUUCGGACACUGAGCAGCGUCCACUCCGAGCAAGUGUUCGCGCUGCGCCUGCAGGACAAAAAGCUGCCCCCUCUGCUGUCUGAGAUCUGGGAUGUGAACGAGUGACUCUUCUCCCCUGCCCAUCUCCACCCCAAACUCCCGUAUAUCUUCUGUUUUCUGGCCGCACAGCUGAGACCCACCACCCCCCGCCAGGCUACCUCCUGAAGAGUAAAUAUUCCUGGGAGCUGGGCCAGGAAAUCCUCCCAUGGCAUUAAAGGAAAGUUGAAGGGU